GUUGAUAAAUUUCCCACUCCUUUCGCAGUAUUGAUUCAUUACUACAUCGUACUACUCUAAAUCAAUAUGGCGGACGCUGGCUCUGGACCCCAACUCAACAAGGUUGAAACCGAGUUGGCUACGAAACCCCUCCAUGGCGAUGAGAACAAGGAGGAGUCAAAGGAAGCUGCUAGCACCGGUCCGACCUUGACUGAGCAAGCAACAAACGCUGCCUCCUCCGCUGCCACGACCGUCACCACUGCCGCAUCCGGUGUCGCUGAGAACGUAUUCUCCAUGUUUGGCGGAGGACCGAAGAAAGAGAAGGUAGAAGAUGAGGACCGUGGUGAAAACUCUGGGUCUGCAAAGGCUCAAAAGGAGAAGGAUGCCGAGGAGAACCCAGAGGAUGAGGCGCCUGAAUCCGAGGACGUUCACUUCGAGCCCGUUAUCCGUUUGACCGAGAAGGUUGAGGUAAAGACCAACGAGGAGCUCGAGGAGCAGACAUUCAAGAUGCGCGCAAAGCUCUUCAAGUUUAUUCGUGAGGCCAACGAGUGGAAGGAGCGUGGUACUGGUGACGUUAGACUCUUGAAGCACAAGGAGAACGGCAAGACCAGACUGGUUAUGCGAAGAGACAAGACUUUGAAGGUCUGCGCCAACCACUAUGUCGUCCCUGAGAUGAAGCUUUCUCCCAAUGUUGGAAGUGACCGAAGCUGGGUUUGGAAUGCUGCUGCAGAUGUCAGUGAGGGCGAGCCAGAGGCCCAGACUCUUGCCAUUCGAUUUGCCAACCCUGAGAACGCCAAUCUCUUCAAGGAGGCAUUUAUCAAGGCUCAACAGGAGAACGAGGCUCUCUUCGCCAAGUCUACCUAGGCUCCUGAGUUUUCCGUCUACCUUUUUACUUCAAGAAACCGCAUUCGAGUCACAGCACAGCACAUACCCCCCUUGUUACGAAAGCCACGAACCCCCCUUUAUUGCACGAAGCCUUCUUUCAACCAUGACCUUGACAUCUGAUCCCCCGUUAAGCGCGAUGCAUUCAGAAAAGCAACUUCUGUUGUGUGACCCGAGGUAGCCUGGGCCUCUGGGAUACUCUGGG